GAGUGCUCGUUUUCGCAUAUCUGGUUUUUCUAUAGGUUUGGUCUGUGCACGGUAUCAAGAUGUUGGUGCUAUAUGAAUCGGCGAUGGGCUAUUGCCUCUUCAAGCUAUCUGACGCAGCAAAACUCGAGUCAGCGGAUUUAUACAAGGAGUUCGAAACCCCAGAGAAGGCUAACAAAUUAUUGAAACUAAAGGCGCUUCAUCGUUUUACUUCAACUGCGACUGCUGUAGAGGACCUUACCGCUCUGCAAAAUGGAAAACUGGGGAAAGGUUUGAAGAAGUUUUUGACGGAGGAAAUCGUAGACAAGGGGAAGGGAAAAGAACAACUCGUAGUCAUUGAGCCUCAUCUAGCCCGAUCUAUCACAAAAAAACUCAGUAUCAAUGUUCAACCUCAUAUAAAGGAUGAUCACAGUGAUCUGUGGAGAGGUAUCAGAAGUCAGUUAACAGCCCUGCUCGAUGGUUUGGACCCCGCAGAUUUGGCAACCAUGAGCUUGGGUCUAAGUCAUUCAUUAUCCCGAUACAACCUCAAGUUCUCACCAGAAAAAGUGGAUGUCAUGAUUGUACAAGCUAUUGCACUGUUAGAUGAUCUUGACAAAGAAAUAAAUAUAUAUUCAAUGCGAGUAAAGGAGUGGUACGGAUGGCACUUCCCUGAAAUGGGCAAGAUCAUAGUGGAUAACAUAGCUUAUGCGAAGGUCGUCCGGACAAUGGGCUUCCGCACAAAUGCAUCAACGACAUCAUUCGACACCAUUCUACCCGAAGAUCUUGAAUUAAUACUCAAGGCCGCCGCCGAAAUCUCGAUGGGUACUGAAAUUUCUGAUUCUGACAUUCAACAUAUACAUUCGCUAUGUGACCAAGUCAUCUCAAUAUCGGCGUACAGAGCACAGCUAGGAGAAUAUAUCCGUAACCGUAUGCAGGCCAUUGCACCUAACCUCACGGCCCUUGUUGGUGACCUUGUUGGCGCAAGGCUCAUUUCGCAUGCCGGAAGUCUGCUGGGUCUGGCAAAACACCCAGCUAGCACUGUCCAAAUUCUCGGUGCAGAGAAAGCACUUUUCCGUGCACUCAAAACGAAACACGAUACCCCAAAAUAUGGUCUUAUCUACCACGCAUCUCUUAUCGGACAAGCCCCACCAAAACUAAAAGGCAAAAUGGCUCGUAUGGUUGCCACGAAAGCAGCACUAUCAAUUCGUGUUGACGCUUUGUCGGAUGCUGAUGGCAAAUCAGACGAACAGGCCCCUUCAAUAGGUCUUGAUAACCGUGCCAAGCUUGAAUCUCGACUGCGCGCACUUGAAUAUCAAAGUGAUGCGGGCGGUGUUCGAAGAUUCGACAAUGGCAAGAAGCAAGAGCGGUUUGAGAUGAAGGGUGAAACGAAAACAUACAACACGGCUGCUGAUGCUGUUGAUUUGGUGCCUACACAACGUGAGCCAAUGGAGCUGGCGGUGCAAGCUGUUUUGGAUGUGAAAGAAGAAAAGAGGAAAGCCAAAGAAGCGAGACGGGCAAAGAGACGAGCAGAGAAGGAAGGAAAGGAAACAAGUGAUGAUGAUCAGAUGGAUGUUGACGGCGAGGAAGAUAGCAAGAAAGAGAAAAAACGUAAGCGGAGAGAAAGUGAGGUCAACGGAGGGGUGGAACCAACAAAGGAGGAUGGUGAGACGGAGGCAGAGCGAAAAGCCAAGAAGAAAGCGCGUAAAGCUGAAAAAGCUGCUGCUGAAGCAGCACAGGCUAAUGGGGAUUCGCCUAAGAAAAAGAAAAAGAAAUCAGACGCAUAGCCUGGAAUUUUAAAGAUGGCUCUCGUUCGUCCGGACACCGUAGGCCAUUUCCAGGUUCAGUGAAGAGCAAAAGACGUCCUUGCUUUCUGAUUAUAUCUAUCUACCCCAAUCACAUUGGGUAUCUGGUGUUAUAUUAUUGUCAUUGCAAAAUUCCGGUUUCCUGCUGUUCUUACUUUCUUUAAUGCAUAAAAGUAUGAUGUUAGCGUAUGCGCCAGUACUAUGUAUACCAACAAAACGGCGUUGUCCGGACGAAAAUAAGUCUUUACUAUAGGUCAGAGUAGGUGAUGUGAAUUUCUUAUAAUCGAACGACUGGCUAAGUGAUG